AUGUUAGCAAUUUCUGACCUUUCUUACGACAUCAUCAUUCUCACUGAAACAUGGUUGGACUCACGCACGCUCUCCAGCCAGAUAUUUGGCAACGAUUAUGAGGUUUUCCGAUGUGACCGGUCUGCGGAUAAUAGUCAAAAAGCUACAGGCGGCGGCGUAUUAGUUGCUGUUAAUAAAAAACUUCACUCCAACUCAAUCGAGAAUCAGGAAUGGAACUGCUUGGAACAGUUGUGGGCUUCAAUCGAAUUCGGAGAUCAAAAACCCGACAAAAUUCGCGAAUGUAGCGUUAUUGAAACUCAUUGUCAAUCUGUUUCCACUAUUCUGGAAAAAGCGGAAGCCUCCGAUGAAAUGAUUGUGAUCGGCGAUUUCAACCUCCCAGGAAUUUCUUGGGUGAAUUCUUCCAAUGGAUUUCUCUUUCCGAAUGUGCGCCACUCUGCCAUUCAUCAGAACACCUCGUACCUUCUAGACAAUUACAGCUCUGCCACGCUCUCGCAAAUAAAUCACGUAACUAACCAGAAUGGACGUAGCUUAGACCUAUGUUUUGUCAGCGUUCAAGAUGUCGCGCCGUUCAUAUGCGAGGCUCCAUCACCACUGGUAAAACUAGUUAACCACCAUCCUCCUCUGCUGGUUUCUCUACACCGAAAGUUAGAAAACUAUGUCGAUACCUCCUCCGCUGUAUUCUUCUAUGACUUCAGAAAAGCUGAUCAUCGCAGUAUUUCAAAUCUCAUAUCUAGUUUAGACUGGGGUAAUAUUCUGGACAAUGACGACGUCGACCGAGCAGCUGAAACGUUCUCUCAUGUACUGUCAUAUAUCGUUGACAGACAUGUUCCCAAAAUAGUGAAGCAUAACCCUCCCCACGCACCUUGGCAAACAAGUGGUCUGCGACGACUGAAGUCGUAUAAAAGAGCAGCGUUAAGGAAGUUCUCAAAGUACCGUACAUUGUCACUGAAACGGCACUAUGCACAAAUCAAUCACGAAUACAAACGGACUGCCAAAAGUUGCUUUUCGCAGUAUCAGCGUGGACUGCAAAGGAAGCUGAAAACACAUCCUAAAAAGUUCUGGAAGUACGUAAAAGAGCAACGUAAUGAAUCUGGCCUUCCUUCGCAAAUGACGCUUAACGGAAUUUUGGCGUCCAAUUCUCAGGACAUCAGUAGACUGUUUGCAGAAAAAUUCGCCAGUGUUUUCAGCAAUGAAAGAUUAUCAGAAGACCAAAUACGAAAUGCUAUGAGCUCCGUUCCUAUCUCCGGCCAAGCUAUGAGCAUGGUUGAUAUCAAUGUUGAAAUAGUUCGCGAAGCUGCAUUGAAACUGAGAGCAUCCUACAACCCCGGACCAGAUGGAAUUCUCGCUGAACUUUUCAAAAGACCUAAGUAA